GUCAUUUCCUGUUUGUCCCUGGCGGUGGCGGGAGAUUCCAGCAUGGCGGUGCAGCCGAAACAGAACCUGUCCAUGGACAGUGCAGCCGAGCACGGCUUCCUAAACUUCGUUUUCUCCAUGCCGGAGAAACCGGACACCACUUUCAGGGUGUUCGACCGUAACGACUACUACACGGUUCACGGAAAAGACGCCAUAUUCGCGGCGAAGGAAGUUUUCAAGACGAAUGGGGUCAUCAAACAUCUGGGCUCAGGGAGUCGUAAGCUGGAGAGUGUGGUGCUGAGCAAGUCCAACUUUGAGGCCUUUGUGAAAGACUUGCUGCUGGUGAGGCAGUACAGAGUGGAGGUGUACAAGAACCACAGCAAGAGCAGCAAGGAGCACGACUGGAGGGUCGAGUACAAGGCCUCUCCAGGAAACUUGACUCAGUUUGAAGACAUCCUGUUUGGCACCGGAACCGGAGCCGAGGGCUGUGCAGGAGUCGUGGCGGUUCGGUUCGCCACGGGCGCUGACGGACAGCGCGUGGUCGGGGUCGGCUAUGUGGAUGCCGCCCAGAGGACGAUGGGAGUGUGCGAGUUCCCGGACAAUGAGAUCUUCUCCAACCUGGAGUCUCUGCUCGUCCAGAUCAGCCCCAAAGAGUGUCUCCUAGCUCAGGGGGAAGGCAACGCCGACGGCAGUAAACUCCGGGAGGUGGUCCAGCGCGGGGGCGUUCUGGUCUCUGACAGGAAGAGAGCCGAGUUCAGCAGCAAGGACAUGGUCCAGGAUCUCAACAGGCUGCUGAGGGCCAAGAAAGGACAGACUGUGGCGAGCAACACUCUCCCUGAGCUUGACAAGCAGGUGGCCAUGUCGUGCCUGGCCGCAGUGGUACGUUUCCUGGAGCUGCUCUCCGACGAGUCCAACUUCAACUCCUUCAGUCUGACCACUCUGGACCUGGGUCAGUACAUGCGGCUGGACAACGCUGCUGUGAGGGCUCUGAACCUCUUCCAGGGAUCACCUGAGGACACCAGCGGAGCUCAUUCGUUGGCUGGUCUGUUGAACAAGUGUCGUACGCCGCAGGGUCAGCGGCUUGUCAACCAGUGGAUCAAACAGCCGCUCAUGGACAAAACCAAAAUAGAGGAGAGGCUGGACCUGGUGGAGAGCUUCGUGUGCGACUCGGAGCUCAGGCAGACCUGUCAGGAGGACUUGCUGCGGCGGUUCCCUGAUCUCCACCGUCUGGCCAAGAAGUUCCACCGUCACACCGCAACGCUGCAGGACUGCUACCGCGUCUACCAGGCUGUCAGCCACAUCCCUGCCCUCAUCUCUGCUCUGGAGAGAUACUCAGGAAGCUACCAGGUCCUGCUGGAGGCCGUGUUCCUGUCUCCUCUCAGAGACAUGCAGAACGACUUUGUGAAGUACCAGGAGAUGAUUGAAACCACUCUGGACAUGAACCAGAUCGACCACCACGAGUUCCUGGUGAAGCCAUCGUUCGAUCCGGUGCUGAGCGAGCUGAGGGAAAAGAUGGACGAACUGGAAAAGAGCAUGCAGGCCGUGCUGAACAGUGCAGCCAGAGAACUUGGUCUGGAUGCCGGUAAGACGGUGAAGCUGGAGUCGAAUGCCAUGCUGGGUUUUUACCUGCGAGUCACCUGCAAGGAGGAGAAGAGUCUGAGGAACAACAAGAAAUUCACCACGCUGGACGUGCAGAAGAACGGAGUACGCUUCACCAACAGCAAGCUGAGCUCCGUCAACGAGGAGUAUUCCAAGAACAGGGAGGAGUACGAGGAGGCGCAGAAUGCCAUCGUCAAAGAGAUCAUUAACAUUGCCUCAGGUUACGUGGAUCCACUCCAGACGCUGAGCGAUGUGAUAGCGCAGCUGGAUGCGGUGGUGAGUUUCGCCGUGGCGUCCGUCUCGGCUCCGGUGCCGUACGUUCGACCCCUUCUGUUGGCCGACGGCUGCAGGCGCAUGGAGCUGCAGCAGGCCAGACAUCCCUGCAUGGAGACGGACGCGGACACCGCCUUCAUCCCCAACGACAUCACCUUCGUCCAGGGAGAGAAGAGCUUCUACAUUAUCACAGGACCAAAUAUGGGCGGCAAGUCUACGUUUAUCCGCCAGGUGGGUGUGAUCGCCCUGAUGGCUCAGAUCGGCUGCUUCGUGCCAUGCGAGAAGGCGGAACUCAGCGUGAUCGACAGCGUCCUGGCCAGGGUGGGAGCGGGAGACAGCCAGGUCAAAGGAGUCUCCACCUUUAUGUCGGAGAUGCUGGAGACGGCUGCCAUUCUGCGCUCGGCCACGGAGAACUCGCUCAUCAUCAUCGAUGAGCUCGGCAGAGGCACUUCCACGUACGACGGCUUCGGCCUGGCCUGGGCCAUCAGCGAACACAUCGCCUCCAAAAUCGGCUCCUUCUGCCUGUUUGCCACUCACUUCCACGAGCUGACAGCGCUGGCGGCGCAGCAGCCCACCGUCCACAACCUGCACGUCACAGCGCUGACCUCCCACAACACACUGACCAUGCUGUACAGAGUCAAACCAGGAGUGUGCGACCAGAGUUUUGGGAUCCACGUCGCCGAGCUGGCUGCCUUCCCGCCAGCGGUGGUUGCCAUGGCGAAGGAGAAGGCGGAGGAGCUGGAGGAGUUCCAGGAACCUGCAGGGGAGAAGUCGGAGCAAGUGGAGGAGCCCGAGGCCAAGAGACGACGGACUGACAGACAAGCGGGGGAAAACCUGAUCCAAGAAUUCCUGGAGAAGGUGAAGUCACUUCCUUCCGACACCAUGAGUGAAGAGGAGGUGAAGACGGAGCUCCGGAGGAUGAAGAAAGAGCUGAUCGCCAAGAAUAACAUGUACAUCACAGAAAUGCUUUCACGCUGCGUUCCCUCUAAAACAGCUUGAUAUUUACACUUCCACUCAUGUAUUCAUCCAUGUAUUCAUUUACUGUAGACAGCCACACUAAAGCUCUUAUACUGUAUAGUUUUUCAAUAAAGAGUCAUUGCUCGA